AUGAAGAAACCACCUUCUUCCACCGUCAUCACGUAUCUCAUCACCGUCACAGCUUUAAUUAUCUUCUGUUUUUCACCGUUUUCCCAUGCUUUAGGCUCCGGUACUACUCUCUCCGUCACCGACUCACCUGCCACCGUCUGCGGGAUCAUAUCUGGUCAGUCAACACAGAGCAUUCAGUGUUACCGUCAAGGACAGGUCUCCGCCUUCCCCAUCGCUCCCAACGUUUCGUUUUCUUCAAUCUCCGGCGGGAAAAGCUACUUCUGUGGCCUUAGGUCCGGUAACUACAGUUUACAUUGUUGGGAUAGUUCAUCUUCCUUUCAAAGUAAAAGACUUUACUUUAACGACUCUGUUUUAUUAGAGAAUCUUGCUGUUGGAGAUUCCCAGGUUUGUGCCACGGUGGUCGGUGUUGGAACGGUUCGAUGCUGGAGAACCAGCGACCGGUUUGAACCACCAUCUGGGUCGGAUCAAUUUGGUUCGAUUUCAUCUGGGUCGAAUUUUUCUUGUGGGAUUUUGAAAAAUGGUUUACAAGUUCGGUGUUGGGGAGAGAAAACUGUUGCGGAAGGGUUGCAGAAUGAGUUUAGGAACAUGUCUAUGUUGAGUAUUGUAGCUGGUGGUUCGCAUGUUUGUGGGUUAAAUUCAACUGGUUUUUUGGUUUGUAAAGGAAGUAACAGUUCUGGACAAAUUGAUGUUCCACGAGGUGGUGCUUUUGAGUAUGGUGAAUUGGCACUCGGUGAUGAACAUGGCUGUGCUAUCAGAAGAUUGAAUGGUUUUGUUGUUUGUUGGGGUGGAAAGGGACAGUUUUCGGCGAAUUUUGUUGAAAGUGUUUCUUUUGAGUUAAUUGUUUCUGCUUCGAAUUUUACUUGUGGGUUGACAACAACCAAUUUUUCGGUUAUUUGUUGGGGACCUGGUUGGUCUAAUGGAUCAAAUGGUUCUGAGUCGGUUCUUCCUUUGUCUCGGAUUCUUCCGGGGCCUUGUGUUCAAUCUUCUUGUAGUGAGUGUGGAAUUUAUCCUGAUUCUCAAUCGUUGUGUUCUAGCACGAGUCAUCACAUUUGUAAGGCGAAUAUAUGUAAUACUCAAAUAACAAAUCCGCCGCCACCGCCAGUUCAGCCUCCACCUCCAGUGUCUCCUCCUCGGUCGUCUCGAUCGAAGACAUUGACAAGAGGCUUAUUGGCAUUCGCAAUUGUUGGAUCAGUUGGUAGUUUUAUUGGUAUAUGUUCCAUAGUUUAUUGCUUAUGGAAAGGUGUUUGUUUUGGUAAAAAGAAAGUUCACAAUUCAGUGCAACCAACAGUCACAAGAGGUAGUAGCAACAGUUCAAAUACUAGCUCAUCUUCGAUUAAAUCGGUCAUUAUGCGUCAAGGUUCAAGAAUAAUGAGGCGACAGAGGAGUGGACCUUCGACAACAAAGCAUCAAGAAAGGGCAGAAGAGUUUACUCUCUCCGAGCUUAUAGCAGCUACUGACGGUUUCUCAUUCCAGAACAAAAUUGGUGCAGGAAGCUUCGGUAUUGUGUAUAGAGGAAAACUAACAGAUGGUAGCGAGGUAGCUAUUAAAAGAGGUGAAACAGGUUCAAAGGUUAAAAAGUUUCAAGAGAAAGAAAGUGCAUUUGAGUCAGAAUUAGCCUUUUUGUCGCGAUUACACCACAAACAUUUGGUUAGACUAGUUGGUUAUUGCGAGGAGAAAGAUGAGAGGCUUUUGGUUUACGAGUACAUGAAGAAUGGUUCAUUGCAUAGUCAUUUACAUGAUAAGAACAAUGUAGAAAAAAGUAGCAGUUUGUUGAAUUCAUGGAAAAUGAGGAUCAAAAUUGCUUUGGAUGCUUCAAGAGGAAUAGAGUAUCUGCACAACUACGCAGUUCCUUCAAUAAUUCAUAGAGAUAUUAAGUCCUCGAAUAUUCUUCUUGACUCAACUUGGACAGCGCGAGUAUCUGAUUUCGGAUUGUCGUUGAUGAGUCCAGAAGCGGAUAUCGAUUACAAACCAACAAAAACCGUAGGAACGGUUGGUUAUAUUGAUCCCGAGUACUAUGGUUUGAAUUUAUUAACGGCAAAAAGUGAUGUAUAUGGACUCGGAGUUGUAUUACUAGAAUUAUUAACAGGAAAAAGAGCUAUAUUUAGAAACGGUGAAGAUGGAGGAAAUCCAUUGAGUCUAGUCGAUUUUGCAGUGCCUGCUAUUUUGGCCGGUGAAUUGGCGAAAAUUUUGGACUCAAGAGUUGGAUCACCGCGGGAGAGUAACGAAUCGGAGGCGGUCGAGUUGAUGGCGUACACGGCCGUGCAUUGCGUGAAUUUGGAAGGGAAAGAUAGACCAACGAUGGCUGAUAUUGUUGCGAAUUUGGAGAGAGCAUUGCUUAUUUGUGAUGGUGGUAGUAACAAUGAGAUUGAAAGUAUUUCCAGUGUUACUAUCUCUGUUGUUUCCGAUUGA